AUGGAGGUGGAGGCAACGGCGGGCUCUAGCGGGCAAGGCUGGGGGGGUGGCAGGCGGGGGAGAGAGGGAAGGAGUGAGCAGGGCGCAGGGGUGAGGAUUUCCGAGGGUCUGAAUAGUGCAGGCGGCUCCGUGAGAAAGGCGGACUUUCAGCUGAACUCUCACCUCUCAACACUGGCAAAUAUUCAUAAGAUCUACCACACCCUUAAUAAGCUAAAUCUCACAGAAGACGUUGGCCAAGACGAUCACCAAACAGGAAGUCUGCGGUCUUGCAGUUCUACAGACUGCUUUAGUAAAGUGAUGCCGCCAAGGAAAAAGAGAAGACCUGCCUCUGGAGAUGAUUUAUCUGCCAAGAAAAGUAGACAUGAUAGCAUGUAUAGAAAGUACGAUUCCACUAGAAUCAAGACUGAAGAGGAAGCCUUCUCCAGUAAGAGGUGCUUAGAGUGGUUCUAUGAAUAUGCAGGUACUGAUGACGUUGUAGGUCCUGAAGGCAUGGAGAAAUUUUGUGAAGACAUUGGUGUUGAACCUGAGAAUGUAGUUAUGCUUGUCCUAGCUUGGAAAUUGGAUGCACAAAACAUGGGUUAUUUUACUCUACAAGAAUGGUUAAAAGGAAUGACCUCUCUCCAAUGUGAUACAACAGAAAAACUCAGAAAUUCUUUGGAUUACUUAAGAUCAUUAUUAAAUGAUUCUACAAACUUUAAACUUAUUUACAGAUAUGCGUUUGACUUUGCACGGGAAAAGGACCAGCGCAGCCUAGACAUAAACACUGCCAAGUGCAUGUUGGGACUGUUAUUAGGAAAAAUCUGGCCCCUUUUUCCAGUUUUUCACCAAUUCUUAGAGCAAUCAAAAUAUAAAGUUAUUAAUAAAGACCAGUGGUGCAAUGUCCUAGAGUUUAGCAGAACAAUUAACCUUGACCUCAGCAACUACGACGAAGAUGGAGCGUGGCCAGUUUUGUUGGACGAGUUUGUGGAGUGGUAUAAAGACAGACAGAUGUCCUAGGACUGUGUGCCCAGCAGCGAGAGUCACUGUUCCCACAGUUGUGUCGCCAUUAGCCAUAAAUUGCUGUUCGUAUCCAAGCGCAUGCUGCUUUUCUUGCACUGUCUCCCCUCCCAGGGACGCUGUGGUGUUUGCUGUUGACCAGGCCAGCCGCCGCGUGGCAUUGUUCUCUUGGAAGACUGCUUUGCAGUUUGUAUUUACACUACAGAUUGGUGAAUUUGCCAACGUCCUCACUGUGAUUAUGUGUAUAUUGCUGUUUAAAUUUUGUAUAUGUGUAUAAAAAGAAAAAGCUUCACCUAGAGAUUAUUUCUGCAAAAAUGUAUUGUAAAAAUAAUUUUGUGGCAUCUUUCUAGUCCCUCUUUUCAAAUCAACCAUUCAUCGUUUAUUUGGUCUCAAAUGUAGCAUUUCAGCAAACAAGACAAAACAACCCUGGCUAUGAGCUGUCAUGCCAGAAUUAACCUUGAUGUUUGAGGCCAACUUUUGGAAGGAGGUGGGAGUCUUAACUUUUCUGAGGCAUAUGCCAAAUAUAAUUUGCUUUACUUAACAAUAUUAGCAUUUCUAAAUGAUGGGAGUUAGAAUUAUUUGAACACGUAGACGUGUAACAUGCCGCAGAUCAUUUCCACCAUGCAAAGUAUAGUUUUUUUGUUUUUUAAUGUUUAUAGUAGCUUGAAUAUAGGUACAAAUGAGCAAAUUCAAAUUGCACCUUUUUUAAAAAUGGAGUCUAAAGUCUUGUGUUCUUUAAUGGCUUUUCUUUUCCUUUCUUCCCUUUCGCAUUCUUCCAGCCAGUGUCCGGUGUGCGGGUACCUUCCGUGCCGCUCAGCACAAAAUGGGGUUUGCCUCCUCCAUGGAAACCCCGCUGGCAGUCUAGUCUGUAUCUGCGGAGCACUUUGAGUUGUGGCUGGAAUUUUUAGUUCAGCUUUUAUGGUAUCUAAUCUUCUGGGUUUUUUGGGAAAAGAACCAUACCGUAAAUGAGAGGUGUUCUGUUUGCCCUGUUUUGCUUUCCUUGUUUUUUCUUUCAUGCUAGGCUUUUCCUGGCAACACGUCCAUUGCAGGCAGUGGACACGAAACCACCAGCAUUGAGAUGACCCAGAACGUGCUAAGACCUGUCCGGGAGGGGCCACUUGUCAUUCCCUAAGUCAUUUGUACAGAAGGGGGAUAGCCAUUAUUUAUGUGGAUGAGGAAACAAGAGUAAACAGGAUGGUAUUUUUUGGUUUGUAUUUUAUGUCUUUUUUUUUCCUUUCUUGAGGAAAUGUAGAUACAGCAGGUUUUUACCCCAACUACCUGGUGCUAUUAAAUGACAAUAAUUGUGUUCCUGAAGUUCUGUGAAAACACAACAGUCUAAUGAUUUGACCAAGUAAAAAGCUAAUGGUGCAUUUGAACAAGUAAGUGCUGUAGUUGUCGGCAAGAUCCAUGAUUGAGCAUGUGAUGCUUGGAAGAAGUUUGGAUUAUUUGGAAAUCUGACCAAGAAGUCUUUCAGAUGACAUGUGAACCUUUCAAUGGCGUUAAAUGACUAAAGCACACAGACAGUGCCACUCUUGACCACUGUUUUACAGUUUCUUUGCAAACAGUGUUCAGAUUUUCAUAUUUUUUUUCCCUAACUAAACCACCAAAGACAGAAAUUUUGUAUGUAUAUACAGUGCGUGUGCAUAUACAAAAUCAUGAUAUGGUAGAACGCAACUACUUUCUUUUUCUACCAAAUAGAAAGAUUUGGUUUGCUGUGAAAUAAACCAGAAGUUUCAAAAACUCUGUAGAGAUUAAGAAUACUUAACCAUUCCUUGUUUAUAGACUCACUUUAACCUUAUAAAUUAAUACCAGUUUGCAUAAAUUAAUAUCUGAGAAGAGUGGAAAGUGUUGACGGCAAGCAACAGCUAUUAAGACCCAUGUGCUGGAUGCCUGUGUAUUGCAGUGCUGAUUGGCCAUCGGCCGGCUCAGAUCUAUGGAAAAUUGAUUCAUUUUCAAAGGUACCCCCAUUAAAGUUAAACAAUUAGACUGUAAAGGCAGUGGUUUUAUAUUUGAUUAACUGCCAUUGUAUGUAAAGUAAAUGUAAAUCAUACACAAAAUUAUUUUAAAUGUUAUGUUAGAAUCUAAAAAAUUUUCAAACACUUGGCACAGUUAGGCCUGUUACCCAGGGGAGAUGUUAUAUUUCAUCCACAGUGAACAUGGGAGAAACACUCAAGUCAAAACUAGUUCAUGGAAUUCCAAAGGGAUGAUCUUGUAUAUUUAGAAAACUCAAAAUAAUCCUUAAACUACUUUGAAAAAUAAACCUCUGUGACUACUGACAGCAGAUUGUUUGCCCUUGGUUUUCUUGAGUUAAUGUAGUUAUUUGUAAGGGGCUAAAAAGGGCUGAACGGAGUAAUAAAACACAUUUUCUUAAAAUUUCCCUAAGUUACUGGCUAAUGUUAAGUAAAUUAGGGAUGCCUUCCCUGGUUUUUCUUUAUUACCUGAGUCUACACCCCUUCUCUCUAUUGUGUUUUGAACUCCACAUGACAAUAUCCUGUCAUAAUGGAAUAGAAGUUAUAGAUGUUUACUGCUUCAGUUGGUCAGAAAUUUCAUUAUUUGAUUUGCCACAAGCGUCCCCUGUAAUAUUACAUGCACCUCUUUUGAAGCAUGAACUCUGAAUUACGUUUUUAUAAAUCUGACUAGACAAAGCUCUAGAUUCUGGCUUAACAGAUUUAUUUUGCCUCUCAGUCUCUAUUUUCACAGUGCUUUUGAAGUUUCUACAGAAAGCUUUAAAAGUUAGUUUGUGCCCUUGGUUUUUAUUCUUACAACUGCUGAAAUACCUCUGUAAGCCUUAUCCUUUAUUCUUUCAUAUGUUGUAUAAUAAAUGUAUAGAAUUCAUUGACCAACUAAAACGUUGGGUGUCUGUAAAUGAGACCAAAAUGUGGGUUGCUUUUUUUCAUAAAAUGAUUUCUAUGGGGGGAGGGGUUACUAUUCCUGAACAGCAGCUACCCUGUGACUGUGAAGCUUCGUGUCGUCAGUAUUUGCAUCACAUCCACACACGUGUGCAAGUCCUGUGACUCCCAGCGUAACUGAAAUACUCUUCUGCCACCUAACUCGAGUAUAGCAAACUGGUUUUAGGUAUUAAUGGAAUCGAUGUAAAAUGAUAUCCCAUAAAUAAAAAAGUAUUUGUGUUUGGUUUCAGAA